AUGAAUGGCAGACAACGAAGGAAGGAGUGCCCAGAGUUGUCAGGAACCCGAGACCUUGAAAGACGCGGUCAGGUGCGUCAAUGGCGACCGCUCUUGCCCCUUAUUCACCGGGAGAAGCUCGGGUGGCUCUCCCCUCUAGCGUCAUUUCUCCAUUUUGGUGUCCACCUAUCGGCUCCGGAUUGGCUCAUUGACCUUGGAGGCGAAGCUGAACAUCGUCCCGAAAUCCCGUCAGACAACUUUGGCGCGGAGACGGCGUCCGGAUGUCUCAGUUUUCGCCGGAGACGAACCGGUCUUUUGGCGAUGUUCCCACGGGGUUCUGCCGCUAUCCUGGACAGUGCAAACAUCGUCUCGCGGACAGUGACAACUUCUCAUGAUACGAUACCGAUACUCCCCAGGCCGCAAAUAUGGCACAACCAGGCAAACACAAGCUCACAAAGCCUCAUUCGUAGGUUUCAUCGACAGAAGACUCUUGGAGUUGCACAUCUUUGGAGAGGGGGUUCAUAUGUCAUCUCCUUGCCGUCAUCGUCUCCGAGCUGUUGUGUUCCGGCGCGUGACAGCCGAGCUAGGGGAAAACACGGCAUCGCUGAACCGGCAGUAUGCCCCGCAUCUGCCCUAUUUCGACGAGAAUACGGCCCGGGCGUCUGUGCUGCAUCGUCGGGAUGGGAAUCCAUAACCUCUCUGCCCCGGAGAGCCGGUCCACGAAAUCGUGCCGUGGUCGAGCGGUCAUACCAACGGGCCGAUUUACCACAUCCGACCAAGCUGCUACGGCGCCACGGCCCUGCGUUGAUGAUCAUCAAGCGGAUGAUCAUUUCCCCAGCUUCCCCAGAUGUUUGUCUUCAUCGGCUAGCUCCGCUGUAUCUCCAUACUGCAAUGCCGAAUCUUUCCCGAGUAUCCAUCAUCUCCAUCUCGGAUCCAACGACCGUCCGCCUCACUACUGGGUCUGCCAAGUGGGCGACAGAAUGAUCUGCCGUUCAGCACAUCCUGAGUUUCUGUUUCUACCCCUACCUUUACAACUACCUCCAUCACCUUUCCUGUCAUUACUCUUCUUAGCUGGUUCUUUCAGUCCAUUGUCUAAAUGAUGUACCUAAAAUUGACAAAACAUUGAGAAGGAUAGGGGUUGUUUUGUCACCCACCUAGGGGCCUCUCUUGCCGAGACAGCAGCGUGAGGCCAUGCAGUCACCCGCUCAUCCGGCUUGGUUCCCGAGGCGGGGUGGUCCGAAUACACCACAAAUUCGCG